CCCUUCUCCAGGACCAUUCAUCACCCUCUAUUUACUUUGUAGUCAUUGUGCUGUAAUACCAGCCUCCCCUGAUUGAGUCAGAGGAGUUAAGCAUUGAACUCUGAUUACCAUACAGACUGCUGUGUCCUUUUCUGUAUGGAAGAAUGUACUCCUCUAUCCUCUGCCAUUAAGGCUUUUCAUCACUGUUCGUAGGUGGGAUUGCACAGUUUCUUCUAAACUUUGUGCAUAUGAAUAACGUAUCUGAAUUAAAAAAAAAAAAAACCACACUCAUGGUAAAUCAAAACUACAAUGAAAGCAUAGAAAAGGUACAUUAGAUAUGAAUAGACUGUUGAUCAAAAAGGAAGCCAUUUACCAACAGCGUUCGGUGGAGUAAAGGCAAAGUCACUUGUAUUUCAACCAAUUCGGGGAAUGUAUUCAAUAUUUUUGUUAUUGUUUAGUUCUGUGUUAUCGCUGCCAAAUGUUGACACUCGGGCACCUCCAACAGGACCUACACAGUGGUAAAUGCACAAGGGGUGCACGAAAGAUUUUUGGUCUGGUUCUCAAAUGAGUCUUCAAUUAACCUACCAUGCAUGAUUUUGGGAUGUGGGAGGAAACUGGAGUACCCGGUGAAAACCCACGCAGGCACGGGGAGAACAUGCAAACUCCACACAGGCAGGGCACCGUGCCGCCACUUCGAACAUAUGUCGCAGUAAUAAACUGAUAAAAAAUAAUAAAUUUGGCGGCAAGCGGCAAUCGGAUCUUUUCCCCAAUGCGCUGCUCCCGUAGCUGGGAAAGCCCGUGAGCCUGACUGCUUAUAGCCUGCAGCGAUUGGAUUGAAGCAUUUUACGAAGUGGGGGAAAACCAAAACCAUUAACACUGUUCACACACAGCAGAAUAAGCGCGCUCACUUUAACUUUUAUCAGGAAGGGCUUUUGAGUAUCCCAUUUAAUACCAAAAAUGUAGUUUUACGUCUUUUAAAACUUGAUCACCGAAUCCCAAAGACGUAGUUUUACGUCUUUUAGGUUUUUUUUCACCAUAGGCUUCAGAGGGGGGCUGACGUCACUCCUCACCAUAGGAUUAGGCCUGAGAGCAAUUUUAAUGCCCAUAGAAACGGACACUAGAUGGGAGCAGUGCAUCACACAACUUAGAAUUUUGGUAUAACUUACCUAUGUUCUACCACGAAUUACUAAAGAACGGAAAAAGGUAGUGUAGCGUAUAUGGGUUAAAUAAAAAUUUAAUUAAUUUAGGAGAAAAGAAAGCGCUGGAAGCGACUCCUGCGUCACUUCCGGGUUAUCGUAAUUUUAAAUUACAGCGCUAUAAAUCAAGCUAUUUUAUAUAUAAAAGGGGCAACACGUCACUUUUGAUGUGGAUAAAAUUUAGGAAAAAUGACGAGAAACCUUUUUAUCAGUCUCGUAAUCUGAAGGAUGCUACACUUUAGAAAGAGUUCUAGACGUCCAAAGGUUUUUUUUUCUCAAACCCAAACACACACAACAAUGCAGGUACUGAAUUUUAUGGAAAAUUUAAUGAUCUAACAUGGGGGAUCUACAGGGGAAGAACACAGAAAAACACAAAACAAAUAAAGUACAGAUGAACAUUGGCAAAGGAAACUGACUUGUGAUGAGAGAUUGGUAGAAUGAGCGUGUACUGAAUACAUAUAGCUGGGGAUUCCUGUUUUUAUUAAUUUAAACCCAAAUAUGCACCAAUCUGUACUUUUAGUAGAUCGCAAUGUUGGACUUGCGUGUCUUGAACAAGUUUGAGGCAGGCUUCCGAGUGUUCGGCCGUCCCGGUCUGCACCAGGAGCAGGUGGAUUUGGCGGAAAGGAAGAAGAAAAAGGGGGGGAAAAGGAGCCAAAAAAAAAAGUUUUACCAGGCAGGAGCCCGGGUGUCUUGGCUCGCAAGACGUUCGGAACGGGCGCGUUGUGCCCGCUUCUCGGGAUGUGCUCAGGCCCCCAAACAGGGUAGCUCGGAAUGCUUGCAGGAUGCUCUGCAGCCGAGGAUGCGCUGAUGUGUCCUCGUCAACUCGUGCUGAGGUGGGCAUCCUGCCUGGUCCAGUUGUCGGCAAGUUGGUCGGGUGAGACAAAAGCUGGCCAGAGAGCAUAGCGCUGGCCUUUUUAUGGCCCAAGCGAGCCAGGAGGGGUGUGGUUUACCCCCUCCCGCCUUCCUUUACCACCUUCGGCACCAAAAGGGGAGCUGGACCGCCUCGGAGUGUUAAUUUCCCAUUUUGGUAUUAUUUUGUGAUUUAAAACCAUCCAUCCAUUUUCUGAGCCGCUUAUCCUCACAAGGGUCGCGGGAGUGCCGGAGCCUAUCCCAGCUAUCAUCGCCAAGAGGUGGGGUACACCCUGAACUGGUUGCCAGCCAAUCGCAGGGCACACAUAAGCAAACAACCGCUCGCACUCACAUUCACACCUAGGGGGCAAUUUAGAGACUUCAAUUAACCUACCAUGCAUGUUUUUGGGAUGUGGGAGGAAACCGGAGUGCCUGGAGAAAACCCAUGCAGGCAUGGGGAGAACAUGCAAACUCCAAACAGGCGGGGCCGGGGAUUGAACCCCGGUCCUCAUAACUGUGAGGCAGACGCUCUAACCAGUCGUCCACCGUGCCGCCCGGUUUAAAACCAGUGGAAUAAAAUAUUAAUGAUUGGAUUCAAGAUAACGAGACCAUUUUUUCAGCUUUGCAUUGUCCUACGCUCAUCCUCUUUAAUACCUGUAACAAAUGUUUCAAAUGUUAAGUGGUUGUUGAGAACACUACUAUUUUCAAUGUGGCAUUUGUGUGGUGUGGAGUGAAACAUUUCAUCAGGUUCAGUUGACAACAGAUUCGACAUUAGACAUUGAAGUUUGCAGCAAUACAGUCACUUGUGGCCUUCAUGUAAAGUUCUUAAAAUAUUAACUCCCAGCCAAGUCUGGUAUAGACUGUUUCCUGAACCCGUGUCUGUAGUGCUGUUCUGUCGCCUGUGGGUGUCUGUGUUGCCUGUUCAAACUCCCAAGUGGCGCGGUACCCAGCAGUGUGGAGCCGCCUUUGUUGUUGAAAUCCUCUGGGCUAGCGUGCGGGGGCUAAGGUAAUUAACUUAGCGUCCUAGGGCGAACUCAGUAUCUUUGGUCUCCGCUUUGAAGCUCCGGGUGCUAGUAAUUCACUUUUUAUCCUCAGUCUUGUAAUUUGAAGGUUGCUACAUGUAUUAGAUAAGUGUUCUAGACGGCCAGAGGUUUUUUCUUUUCCUCGAACCCAAACAUACACAACAAUGCAGGGAGUGAAUUUUAUGGGAAAUUUAAUGAGAUCUAACAUGGGGAAUCUACAUGGAAACAAUACAGAGAAAAAAAACAAAGGACAGACGAACAUUGGCAAAGGAAACUGACUUGUGAUGUGAGGUUGGUAGUGAGCAUGGGAUGACAAUGCGUAUAGGUGGGAUUCCUGUUCUCGUUAGUUUAAAACCCAAAUAUCCCCUAAUCUGUACUUUUGGUAGACGUAACGAAUGUUUCAAGUGUAUGUGAUUUUUGGGAACACCAAUAUUUGCAAUGUGGCAUUCGUGUUGUGUGGGGUGAAAUAUUUCAUCCGGUUCAGUUGACAACAGAUUUGACAUCAGACAUUAAAAUUGGCAAAAUACAGUCACAAGUGGCGUUCAUGUAAAGUUCUUAAAAUAUUAAAUCACAUUCAACUCCUGUGAAGAUUGUGAUUAGUUAAUCCAGGUUUGCAGUGUCUUUCCGCCACCUGAGGGUGUCGCUCGUGCCCCGUCCAUUGUCCCAGCCCAGAUGUGCAGGUGUCACGGAACACAGCAGGAAGGAGAAGUAUUUGUUGUUGAGGCUCUACAGGCUGGCUGGUGGUGGAAAUUAAUUAAUUUAGUGUUCUGGUGUGAAACCAGGUGUCCGUCUCAACUUUGAUGCUCCUUGGGGUUGUAUUUCACUUAGCGUCCACUUUUGAAACCAGGUGUCUGUGUCUCCGCUUUGAUGCUCCCGGCUUGUAAUUCACUUAGUGUCUGUGUGUGAAGUUGAAUCUGCCGUGCUCCGUGGUCGUCCACCUCGGUGGGGGAGCGGUGCUAGUGAUGCCGCUUGGUCUGGAGUUUUUUGGGGUCACAAUGCCAUUGGACAAGAGCAUGUCUGUACCCUUGUUUCUCCAAUUUCUUAUUAAUUAUAAUGCCUGGUACCACAAAAGGUACACUAUAUUACCUGAAGAAUACAUAAACAGGCCAAAAAAUGUCGUCAGAACACCACAGAAGAGUAAUGUUAACUAGCUGGACAAUGAAUGAAUGGAUUAAAAAAAAUUGUGAAAUCAGGCUUAAAGAAGAACUGAGACAUUCUUUUAGCUUCCAGAUGCUAUUGGCUUGUUGUUGGGUGCUCUGAAAAUCCCGCCUCCUGCUUUCAAUCAAAUACUUCUAUCACGGAUGUGGUGCUACUCUGCAUGCGAGGAGAGGAGCGAUACACAGCAGACGCUUGCACAGGCAGCAGUCAUUCUGCCCCUUUGUAUCCGUUGAAAUUGAGCAGGCCAUAAUUUGACAGAGGGACUCGUCAACCGCGAUGUAGCCUAUGGCUACCAAGUUACCCGCAGCCGGGUGGUUGUUUUCCCCUCCUCCUCCUCGCCCAGGAUGCGAGUGACUCACGAGUCCCUCCGUCGAUGAGAGUGGCUGAGUGACGUUCGCCGUGUACUCCUGUCCGUCUGGCAUAGGGCUGUGGGGUGGAAGAUCCUGUGCAUUUUGCUGUUGCCUUGCUACGCAACACAAUGUGGGGGUAGAAUGCAGAGAAAUUUUAGCCCAAAUAACACUAAACGCAUUACACUUCAGGGAUGAUGUAUUAUUUUGAGUUGUGGACAUACUUUGUACCAGUACUAUGUUCUCAGUCUUUGCAGGUUUUCAGCACUUCAAACAUCCAUCCAUCCAUUUUCCCUGCCGCUUAUCCUCACUAGGGUUGUGGGCGUGCUGGAGCCUGUCCCAGCUGACUCUGGGCGAGAGGUGGGGUACACUCUGAACUGGUCGCCAGCCAAUCACAGGGCACUGAUAAUCAAAACAACCAUUCACACGGACAUUCAGACCAACAGGCAAUUUAGUCUUCAAUCAACCUACCAUGCAUGGUUUUUGGAUGUGGUAGGAAACCGGAGAAAACCCAUGAUUAUGCAAACGCCACACAGGGGAGGCUGGAUUUGAACCCAGGUCUUCAGAACUGUGAAUCAGAUGUGCUAACCAGUCGACCACCAUCCCCACUUCAAACAUCCAUCCAUUUUCUUUACCGCUUAUCCUCACUAGGGUUGCGGGCGUGCUGGAGCCUAUCCCAGCUAUCUUCGGGCGGGAGGCGGGGUACACCCUCAAUCGGUCGCCAGCCAAGGCCAGCAGGGCACAUAGAGACAAACAACCAUUCGCACUCACAUUUACACCAACGGGCAAUUUAGAGUCUUCAAUCAACCUACCACGCAUAUUUUUGGGAUGUGGGAAGAAACCGGUGUUGUACCAUGCAGGCAUUAAAAAUGAACAAGAAAGAAAUGAGGGUGGUCUAUCUUUCCUCAUGACUAUAUUAUUCUAUUUAUAUUUAUAUAGUAAAAACCCAUUAAAAAAAAAAAAAUCCCUUAAAAAAAUCAUAGGGGAGCAAACCGCAAUAUAGUGGGGGAACAUUGUACAUUAAAACAGAGAAUAUAUAGAAUAAAAUAAAAUUGAAAAAUGUGAAUGCACUGAGCCGAACCAAGAAGACCUAAACUCAUUCAUUGAUAACGCGGUGCUUAAAAAAUUAGACUAUUACCUAAUGUUAGGUUAAUGCCACUGCCACGAACACCAAAAUAAUUUUUUUAUGUUUCUGUAAUGGUUAAUACACCAGUAUUUAGUUCUUUAACCUAAAUGAUAUUUUUAAAGCUCAAAUAUAAUUGAUUUAAUUUUUAAAUGUACUCUCCAACAAAACAAUACUAAAGCACAUUUUUUUGUUUCUUGAUUAACAUCAAACUGUAAUUAUUUACUCGCAUUCCUGAACAUACUUUAUUUUCCUGAUGUAUCAGAGAAAUCCAGUGAGAUUGCUCCAAUUUGGGUAUGAAAAGGUGAAUUCAGUUUGAAAUCCUCAUAUCUAUUUAAAAUUGUAAAAAGGCAAGAGCUCAGUGAAAUUCAGUAGCACUUUAUGAUGCUAGAUGGUGUUUUUGAAAGGGGAUCAAAUACAUUAGUUAAGGGCUGUACAUUUAGGCUUUCUCUCACCCAAACUGGUAUGAACAAAAUGGUGACGCAUUUGGACUUUCCAGUCAAAUACUACCUUGAUGACAGAAAUAUUUUUUUUUUAUCUACUACCUGUUAUGUAAUGGUUUGUCACCUACCACAGUUUUUCAUCAUUAGAUAUUGACUUGUCUCUGAGGUUGAAAUGUUGUUUGGCUUAGUCAUGCCCUGUGUAUUUGUGGAGCUGUACUUUGACCUUCCAACCAAGUCAAUACAGGGGUGUACUUACACAAUGUAAAGGAAAACAUUAUCUCACUGAUUUGGCUUUUUUCUAAUUUUUAGAUAUAUAACAACAAAGGUUUGAUUUCAAAUUUCAACAGUAUGCAUUUCUUAAGUGCAUACUGUUUGAUUUAAGGAAUCUAAUUUUUUUACUAUCUUGAGAUGCAGUACUUGUUGCUGUGCAUCUUCUUAUUUUGUAUUUCUGCCAGGGCAUCACAUGAAAGUCACCCCUUUUCUCAUCCGAUGAAUGGAAGAAAGAGAGAGUUCUCUGUGAUGUGCCAUGCUGCUUCCCCCCCCUUUUUUAAAAAAAAAAAAACAGAUCACACUGUAUAUUCUCCACAGUAUUUUUUAAUAGCACAGUCAUGGGACAUUUCUUUCUUCUUUGAAUGGCUCUUUUAAUGUGGUUUCAGUAGUGCUCCUAUUUGUACCGCCAUUUAACUCUUGUUAUGCUGUGGGUCAAGUGGUCCCAUUUAAAGUUGAAGAACUAGAAUCAAAUAAGAUGUUUUUCUUGAUAAAACUCUGCUUGAUAAAUGUAAUCAACAGUUGUUAUUGAACGUCCUAAAUGUCUUUGUGGGUACACACACAUCUUCACAGAAACUCAUAUAGGAUGUAACACUGUCCGUAUAUUCAUCCAGGCUGCCACUUGAAGUUUCGAAGACACUCCAGUCUGUUCCAUCUUUGCUUCAUUGGUCCACUUCUUCACGGUUUUCACCAAAGGCUUCGCACAUUUAAGUUUGUUCCUGUAAUUUGUUAUUAAGUGAAUUAAACUGUUAUCAGAUGAGCAAAGCGGCAAGGGGGAUAGCACGGUACGAGUCCUUCAGCGUGGUAUUAGGUUAAAGUCCCCAAGUAUAAUGUGGGAUGGAUCUGGGUGCUUUUUUCCCCAAGUUGGUUGACUUGGUCAGCCAGCGCUUGUAGUGCGGCGUUCGUGUUAGCCUUGGGCUGCGGGUCGGCGAGAAUGAAUGAAGCAAACUCACGGCGUGAGUAGAAUAAUUUAUAGUUCAAAAACAGCAUCCGGGCUGCAGUGUGUGCUGAGCUCCGUGAUGUCCAUACACCAUUUUUUGUUCAUAUAAGAGCAUAUUCGGCUACCUUUUGUUUUCGCCGAUAGCUCCUUGUCCCGGUCUGCUUAGUGAAGUUGGAAGCCGGAAAGCAUUACGGGACCAUCGGGGAUGCGUUCGCAAAGCCAUGUCUCCCUGAAGCACAUGGCGGCGGAACAUCCAAAGUCCUUACUGGUCUUAGUGAAAAGAUGAAGCUCAUCCAUUGUGUUUAGUAGAGAGCGUAGUUUUGUUUGGUGAAUCGACGGUAGAAGCUUUCGGAAUCCUCGCAGUCUGAGCUUAAGUUGUAUUCCGGCACACUUCCCUCUGUGGCGUCGUCUGCGCUUUCUUCAUGCUCCAUCGACUGCAGCCGCUCUGCCGGUAAGUAAUUCAGAGAAAAAAUCGAGUCCGGAGUAGACUCCCUAAUGUUUAGCAAGUCUUCCUUUGUGUAAAUAAGUUGCGUAAUGUCUCCAAAGAUGGUGCAUUAUGUGACCAGGUGUUGGAUAGGGAUGUCCCUUCCAAUCCGAUACCGAUAUUGCGACCUUGGGUUUUGGCUGACACCAAUAUCGGUCUGAUCCGACAUCAGCAUGAAUCAUACAUGCUUUACUUAUUUUGUAGUAUGGAAUGUUAGAAACUGUUUGAUCAAGGGAUAUUACUCAAACAUAAAACAGUAAUCCGCAACAGUAGGUAUGAGAAAAAUAGACCCAUUUAUUAGUAACCAAGGGUUACAUAAAGUAACUUUAAACAUAGGAAUGUACUACAAUUGAAUAAAAUAAAUAAUUAUAUUAGAAAGUCCUGGAAAAGAACUUCAAUAAAACAAUAAUAAUGAAAUAUAUAUAUUUAAAUUGCAACAUAACCACUGCUUAAUGGUGCCAUGUGUAGUGUUAAAACUGCUAGCAAAUUUUAAUGUAGCCUCACUUCACUACUCCCUUCCCUCCCACUCCGCUCUGGCCGAAUCCACGCCCCUUGCCGGGUGCAUGCGCAAGUCACCAGCUGGUUUUACCGUGAUCAACUUGUAGCAGGUACUUUACCAAUUUCAUCACGUCUUGUUCACCGGUAAGUAAAAAUAGUUGUCAUAUUGAAUAUGUGGAAAACUAUCUAGUUAGAAAGUUAUUAGCAUGAAUGUUACAUUUCAUUAUUAGCCCCAUUUAGCAGCAACUAGCUUUGAUAAAAGCUAUAUCAAUACUCCACAUUGUAGUACAGAGGCAAUGUCAGGUGAAUUUAUAUCCUUUGUUGUUGACAGUUGCAAAAAAGAGAACACUGCUAUUGGUGACCCUGGCCGACUGCAACACCUGGCUGAGUAAGUCUCUGGGUAGCAGACAAGGAGGUACUCUAUGCACUGUAUAAUAGUCUCAUGAUUUGUACACACUCAUUUACACACAAACACAUUUUAGAAACUGUAAAUCACAGGUGAAAGCAAAUUGUCAACAACCAUGAUUCUUGCUAAAACGUUGUACCAAAACUUCAAAAUUGUCAUAUUUUUAAAAUGUUGAGCUGUCGCAAAAGCAUUUUUUUGUAACCAAACCCAUUUUUACAGUAACUUGAAAAAAAGCUGGACAUACUAUCAUCCUGGACAUCUGCUUUCAAAACGAGUUAUCCAUCAAUUUUUCGUGUAUGUAUGGGUAAUAUGAUGAGCCAAUUAAUAAUUUAUUUCCAGUCAUGACAGCCAUCUGAGGGGAAUUGUAACUACAAUGUGGCCUGUGACAAAAAUGUGUUUAACACCCCUGCGUGUAUAUGUACGUGUACAAGAAUGAAAACAGAAUAAAAAUGGUACUGUAUUGUAUUCAUAAAUCUUUAUUGAUGGGAUGGGUGUGAGGGAUUUUUUAAAAUACUCAUCUAAACUGCUUUUAUAUGUGGACAUCAGAAAGAAUACAGUGGGUACAGAAGGUAUUCGGACCCCCUUAAAUUUAUUAUUAUUUUUUUUUUGUUAUAGUGCAGACAUUUGCUGUAGUCAUUAAAGUUAAUUUUUUUCCCCUCAUUAAUGUACACACAGCACCCCAUAUUGACAGAAAAAAACCCAGAAUUGACUGCAUUUCUGGAGCUCAGCCACAGUGAUCUUUGGGUUUUUCCUUUACCUCUCUCACCAAGGCUCUUCUCCCCUGAUUGCGCAGUUUAGCCGGACGGCCAGCUCAAGGAAGGGUUGUGGUUGUCCCAAACGUCUUCCAUUUAAGGAUUAUGGAGGCCGCUGUGCUCUUCGGAAUCUUAAAUGCCGCAGAUUAUUUUAUUUUUUUAACCUUGGCCAGAUCUGUGCCUUGCCACAAUUCUGUCUCUGAGCUCUUUAGGCAGUUCCUUUGACCUCAUGACUCUCAUUUGCUCUGACAUGCACUGUGAGCUGUAAGGUUAUAUAUAGACAGGUGUGUGGCUUUCCUAAUCAAGUCCAAUCAGUAUAAUCAAACACAGCUGGACUCCAAUGAAGGUGUAGAACCAUUUUAAGGAUGAUCAGAAGAAAUGGAAAGCACCAGAGUUAAAUAUAUGAGUCACGGCAAAGGGUCUGAAUACUUAAGGCUGUCUGAUAUUUCAGUUUUUCUUUUCUAAUAAAUCUGCAAAGUUUUCAACAAUUCAGUUUUUUUUUUAUGUCACUAUGGGGUGCUGUGUGUACAUUGAGCGGGGGAAAAUGAACUUAAAUGAUUUUAGCAAAUGGCUGCAAUAUAACCAAGAGUGAAAAAUUUAAGGGGGUCUUAAUACUUUCCGUACCCACUGUAGAUGCAGUAUUUGUAACAAUGGAAAGCCAAUUUCACAAACACAAAAUCUAAUCACCAAAUAAUGUCUUGCUUUACAGGAGAGAGCUGACAGACUGAGUUUAGCGUAAUCACAUAUUGUGAUAAAGAAACUUCUGCGACGUGACCCCAGUUCCAUGUUUUGAUGUCCACCAUGAGACAUCUGGGAAAGGUCCUCUGACUCUUCAGGCCCUGAUCAUCGGAAUAGUGUCUACUAUAACUGCAGACAUAUGACAAACCUCAUGCACACCAUCUUGCAUGAGGGAGUUUUAGGCCCAGGCAGACGAAUGUGGAAUGACAGCUGAACAGCUGAUGACCUUCGUGACCCCGGAGAGAACAACAGACAAUUCCGCUAAGGCCUCCUAUCGCCAAUAUGUAAUGUGGAAAAUCCUCAAGGACAUUAUAUAGGAUGCAGACAAUGAGGAACCACAUUUAAUAUUUUCAAAGCAUUGCUCCAGUAGAAAUGUGCAUGUUAUAUUACUUUAUUAAUAUUUGUAGAUCCAUUUGUACCUUUUUUGGGGAAAUUUACUUCCAGGAAUCUCUGCACAUUUACCUCUACCAUUUUGAAAUUGUUCAUUGAAAAUGAAUGGUUUCUUGCUCACAAUUGCCACUCAGAAAUCAAGCAGUUACAUUUCAUAACUCCUUCCAGGUCAUCAUCAGUGCCCUAUAUAAUGCUAAUCAUGGAUUGUAUAUUUAAAACAAGAAAUAUAAAACUAAUAAAAAGUAUUUAAACACAUUUUAUUUCAGAUAAGAUGUAUGCAUGGUGGCCGACUGGUUAGAGCGUCAGCUUCAUAGUUCUGAGGACCCGGGUUCAAUCCCCGGCCCCGCCUGUGUGGAGUUUGCAUGUUCUCCCCGUGUCUGCGUGGGUUUUCUCCGGGCACUCCGGUUUCCUCCCACAUCCCAAAAACAUGCAUUAAUUGGAGACUUUAAAUUGCCCGUAGGCAUGACUGGGAGUGCAAAUGGUUGUUUGUUUCUAUGUGCCCUGCGAUUGGCUGGCUACCAUUUUCAAUACGCAGAGAUUUGUAUUUUUUUUCAUAGCCCGUCUGAUGUUUGUAGCAAAACAAACUGCAUGAAAAUCGCUUAUAAAAAAAAAAAAAAAAAAAAAAAAGAUUCAGCAAGUUAUGAUUUUUUUUUUGUGUGUCUGUGCACGCAUGCCCAAAAGUCUCAAUGGAAAUGAAUGAAGUGGAGGGGUUGACCAUCGCGAAACCUCCGGUUCAAGAUAGCGGGCACUCUCCUCUUGUGCAAUCGAUUUACACGAGUUCCUUGCAGAGGACACUCUUUGGCUCGCUAACUAAUUACUGUUCAUUGUUGCUACACCUGCGUCACAACCAGUGAUGCCAGUAACUCGUUGCUCCAAAGUGCUGCCAUUUUGAGUAAAGAUAGUGAUGUUAUGAGAUGUGCCGAUUCUUCGAGGCGUGUGUCGAGUAAUGGAGGGGGCGUUUCCACAAAGCUCGUAUCGAGGCUUGCUUCAUUUACGGGUGGACCCGGAAGUGAUGACGUCCGAAGCCUCGCUGCCCGGCUGUACCACGUGACCGAUUCGGUUUGCCGCAAGGUUUGACAGCAAUCUAAACCCCUCAUGCAGGCUCCAUUCAAAAUGUGUGUGCAUGUGUGUGUGCGCGCGCGUGUGCGUUUGAUAUAGAGGUGAUGUCAGCUCAGUUUGGGUAAGGACUGUGUAGUUUGUGUAGGCUAAUAGAGUUUGGAGAGUGUUGACAGCAGUUUGGACAUAGCUUGGACAUUAGUAAGCGAUUCCGUCACUCCUCAGAAUCCUUGGAAAGAGGCUUCUGGCCGCUAACCUGGUAUCCUGGUCUCAUAGCCCAGCGGUUGGUGCACUCGACUCUCUACCUGGGGUAUGGUGGUCGCCUCAGUUCGAACCCCAAGCUGGACCGCACUGUGUAAGGGAAUAUCAUUGAGGCUUGUCAAAAACUGCAAUUUCCACCGUUUGUUAUUUUAUUCAUGGGGAAAGUAUUUAUUGUGUUCACAGAAAGCAAGGUAAAAUCAAACCUCACAGGGAGAGGAGAAAUUACUGUACCCCAAUUUAUAAAAAUCUUGCUCUUGAAUGAAUCACUGAACACAAAAAUGAUGAUAAACUGUUAUUUCUAAAUAAGCACUUUCAAAAUCCUCUGCCCUCUUAAGCCCAUGCCAUUUUCCAAAAAUUACAGAAAAACAUUAUACAACCUGGCAUAACAGCGAUGGUGAACAUUUUAAGUACACAGAAUACGUUCAAAAAUAAUAUAUUUUACACUUGAUUUUGAGAAAUUGUAAUACAUAGUCAUUCACGAGAGCCAAAAAGGCGCAAAAAUGCAACGCAGCACAUAGUGUACGUGGUAAAGAUACAGAUGCCUGUGAUUAUGCACAUGGCCAGCAGCUGGUUUCGUGUCCAAUUAAGCAUCAAGAAAUGAACGAUUACUCAAUCCAAUGGCUGAAGUGUUACAAUGCUUCAUGAAGUUUCAUCUCGCCAUCACUAAGUAACGAGCAAAGUAAUGCAUUACUUUUCCCGGGAAAGUACUCAGACUAUAGUUACUUCUUCAUAACAACAAUAGUUACUUUUGAGUCAUCUAUAGUUCUUGCCAAGUUAAAAUUUAUGGUGGGUGUCUUGUAGAAAGAGCAGUUUAGCGGUCCAAAAAUAUUACACUGAUCACGCAGACUGCUCGUUAUUCAAUAAAUACAACAACGCAUUUGGGAAGGUGAUUAUUUAUUAUACAAUGCACAUGGGCGGUGAUUGUUUAUUAUACAAUGCGCAGUCACGGUACAGUACCAUAAAAGUGCAAAGAAUUGCACGAUUUCCCUGUCGUCACACUAUUUUUAUUUUACUUAGUAAAAAGUGUAUUUGAUGGUUGUUACUUUUUUAUUUACACAUUAAGAAUACAGUUUUACUGGCAAAUUAAGUGCGCAAUGCAUUGUGGGCUAAUUAAUCAUACCGAAGUGCGCAGUAAUAAAUCAUCAUACAAUAAGGACUGACUCACUGAAGGACUUGCAAUACUUGGCUAAAAUAAUAUUUACAAUAAAAAGUGAGAACUUUCAACUUCAUUGUGGUCCAGACUGUGAGUUGGUUUAACGCGCUGCACAGCUGACGUCACCUAAGUGCUCGUCCCCCCCAUCAAUCACUCACAGCUUUGCUACUUAAAAAGUUGCAUAAUCUUGUCACCUUUUUCUCGGUCUUUGCAUCAAAAUUACGAUGGUGGGAGAGAUUGUGUGUGUGUGUGGGAACGUUUUUUUAUUUUUUAUUUAUAAUUUCCCCCUAUACCAGUGUAUAAUGCGCACCAUUGACUUUUGACAUUUCUUGGGGGAAAUUACAUGAGAAAUUACGUUAUGCGAUAUAUUUACAGUCCAGCAGAAAUGAAGCCACUUCGCUCCUUUGUCCAUCAAGUUCCUCAGUGUGUCUGAGUUGACUCCAGCCACCUCUCGAAUAGUAGGUCCAAUGUGUAUCCUAGUUUUGUUACUUACGGUAUCAGAUGUCAUCUGUUUAGCCUUUCUGGUCUCUUUGCUCUGCUUCUGUUUCCUUGUAUUAGAGGACCCAGUUGUUGGUAAACAAGGGGUAGCCGCCGAAAGCCUCCGCGUCCGCCAUUGUUUCCAGAGCUUCCGUCUGACGUAAAUGUGUGUGCAUGUGAAAAUGAUUGACACGCUCCCAGGGCUUGCCUCCAGUUUGUACAUUGUCUAAUUGGACAAUUCUCUCCGUCACGGAGACUUUCUAAAUUAAUAAUGAAAAUUAAAUUAGAGGUAAUAGAUAAGGCCAGAGAGGGAUGAGUUUUUAAAAGAUUAUUUAAAUAUGUUUUACUGUCAGGACAUGCAGAGUUCUAACAUAUAUGAAAAAAGUGCUUUUUCCCCUGACUGCUUACGCCAGCUUUAACUUAAACAUAAGCAUAUUCUACAUUUUAAAAGAUUAAAUGGAAAAUGAAUUAGAAAACCAUGAAAAAUAACCUCAAUAAAUAAUAAAUACAAAUUAUACUUUUAAAGUGCAAAAUAACAAUUUUAAAUUCAGUUAUUCUUUUCUGUCAGUAUAUGGUGGGAACAGCAUUUGGUUUCUCCACAUGCGCAGCAUUGCAUCUUGGGUAUAGUUUUUUCCACUGUUCCUGCUGUGCACGUGUGACCUCUGAGCAGCAGUAUGGUGCACACAAUGAGAUAGACACUUGCAGUAACAAAGAAAGUAGAAGAAGUUACGAUUGAUUAUUGCUAAUAUAAGUCAUUUUUCACAGAGUUUGAAGAAUUUAUGCCUGGAGCAUUGUUGUAUUGCCUUUUUGUUAGUGUCUAUACAGUGUUUGUGUACCAAUAUUCAUUAUUUUGAGAGAUAUAAGUGCUAUGCUAAUUUCCGAUAGCUCGUCAAUGGUAUUUUUCAUUCAAUGUGUGUUAGCUUUGAGCUAGCGAUUUUUGUGAAUGAAAACAAAGAAAGAAAUGAAGUCUGAGAUGUAUUUGAAUAUUGUUGUGAUCGUGUGGGCUCUGCAUGCUGUCCGGGCGCUGUUGGAUAGAAGUGCUGGAGCAGAGCAUCGAAUGGUAUAAGAGUGGUAAAAUCUGAGCUUCAGAUCAAAGUCUGAUCUGAUCCGAUACUAAUUUUUUUAGUUAAAGUUAAUGAGCAAUAAACAUAUUUAUUUAGUGUUGUAUUUAUUUAAAAGUGUGUUUUCACUUAUUUCUGUAUUGCAGUGUAUUUAUUUUAACCGCACACUGAUAGAACAGGUAAGUAUAAUUUGAUUUGAUGACUGGAACAGAUUAAUUGCAUUUCCAUUAAUUUCAAUGGGAAAUAUUACCUGGGGUUAAAGUUUCGGGUCGCAAACGGUUAAGUUUGUAGCCCAAGGUUCCACUGUCUUUAGAAAAGAAAAACAAGGAAAUUAGUUUAAAGGCACUUUAAUGGUCGCCAGUGAGAUGUGAGCACUGCAUAUGUUUGCGCCGCUCACCAUGUUUUUUAAAUUCUGUAUGAAAUAAAUCAAAUAAAGGUAAAUUACAAUUACAAAUUGCAAAAGAAGUAAUGGAAUUAAUCUACAAACAAAAAUGUAUUCUAAACCUUUGACUCAUUAAAGUAGCCACCUUGGGCAGAUAGUGGGUACGGAAAGUAUUCAGACCCCCCUUACAGACCCCCCUUACAUUUUUACUUUACUUUGUUAUAUUGCAGCCAUUUGCUAAAGUCACCCCCCCACCCCCACUCCUCAUCUUCAUUAAUGUACACACAGCACCCCAUAUUGACAAAAAAAUAAACGGAAUUGUUGAAAUGUUUGCAGAUUUCUUAAAAAACUGAAAUAUCAGACAGCCAUAAGUAUUCAGACCCUUUGCUUUGACACUCAUAUAUUUAACUCGGGUGCUGUCCAUUUCUUCUGCUCAUCCUCGAGAUGGUUCUACACCUUCAUUGGAGUCCAGCUGUGUUUGAUUAUACUUAUUGGACUUGAUAGGAAAGCCACACACCUGUCUAUAAGUGCUUACAGCUCACAGUGCAUGUCAGAGCAAAUGAGAAUCAUGAGGUCAAAGGAACUGCCUGAAGAGCUCAGAGACAGAAUUGUGGCAAGGCACAGAUCUGGCCAAGGUUACAAAAAAUUGCUGCUGCACUUAAGAUUCCUAAGAGCACAGUGGCCUCCAUAAUCCUUAAAUGGAAGACGUUUGGGAUGACCAGAACCCUUCCUAGAGCUGGCCGUCCGGCCAAACUGAGCAAUCGGGGGAGAAGAAGCCUUGGUGAGAGAGAUAAAGAAGAACCCAAAGAUCACUGUGACUGAGCUCCAGCGAUGCAGUUGAGAGAUGGAAGAAAGUUCUAGAUUUUAUUAAGUGGACCCUUGGAAUUCAAACAAAAUGUGUUCAGCUUUUGGACCGUUUUGAAGUUUUAGGUUGUGUUUAUGUUAGAUAGUAAAAAUAUUUCUCGACAAUUUUUCAAUGGAAUGACAAAAAUCCACACUCAAUUUCAUAAAUUCUUUUAUCUCAAUGCAAAAGUUGCAUUUUUGUGAUCCUCAGUGAACCACUAUGUUCUCAUAUUCAACAUAAGGUGGUUUGACAUUUGUUCAUCGCCUUUUCCUCCUCAUCUUGCUCCUCUGCUAGCUCACCUAAGAUAACCCUUGGGUGACUUGUUGACAAGGACAGUAGUUGUAGCUCUAUCACGUCUGGUCAAAAAGGUGACAUUUGGUCUUUUGGGAUUAAAAAUCUUGAUCCCUUAAUAGAGCUGUUGUCUUUCUCAGAAUGGCUGCUUACAUCAUGACGAAUACUGAUUAGGAUGAAAUGAACAGGUGACAAUUUCUUUGCAUUCUCUUUGUCUCUGUGUCAUCAGUUCAUUAACAAUGCACUCUAUUAAGACAUCCUGAGCCAAUGUGGUAUUAUGUAGCUAAAUAAGGUAAAAUGAUGUCUACUAUACAGUAGAUUCUUUGAAAAACAACGUGAUAUACAGUCGUGCUCACCAUUCUUGGCACCCCUUCACGAUUUGCAUAACCUAUAUAACAUCUUCAGAAAUAAAUGGAAAUGUACCAAACUUAUCAGGAUCUUUUAAUUGGAGGUCCAAAGUAAUUUUUUUCAACUUAGAUAUUGUAAUUUCAACGAAAAAAGAAAACAAAACUGAAAACAGCAUGUGCAGCAAUACACAUAUUUUGGCACCCCUCCUUAAUAUUUGGUUGCACACACUUUGGCAGCGAUGCCAGCCUCCAAAUGUUUCUUGUAUCUGUCUAUAAGCUUUGUGCACUUCUCAGGUGGUAUUUAUUUUCCACUCUUCCGUUGCAAUUGGUUCAAGCUCUUGAACAUUUGCAGGGUUCUUUUUCCCCAUGGCAGAUUUCAGCUUCCCCAAAAGAUUUUCAAUUGGAUUGAGAUCAGGACUCAUGGCUGGCCAUUUUAAAACAGUAUUUUUUUUUCUUUUUCAAUCAUUCCUGUGUGCUUUUGGAUGUGUGGUUUUGGGUCUUUGUCUUGCUGGAGUUUUCUUAUGCUGGGUAAGACAUUUCACUCUAAAAUCUCUUGAUAAUUUUCUUAUUUCAUGAUACCUGUGAUACAGUCAAGGCCUCCAGUACCAGAUGUAGCUAAGCAGACCCACAGCAUUAUGGAUCCUACACCAUGCUUGACUGUUGCCAAGGUGUUCUUUUCCUUAAAGGCUUCAUUGCGCCGUCUGGAAACAUACUGUUUGUGUUGCAUUGCCAAAAAGCUCUAUUUUUGUUUCAUCUGUCCAUAAAAUGUUGUUGAUCAUUUGCUCUUUUGUAUCAAACACAAGUUCGCAAUUGAAAAAUGCUGUUUUACUUGACUCAUUUUCUUCAUGAGGUAAUUCACAUUUAGUACUUAACUCAUUCACUGCCAGCCGUUUCCUGAGCAUGGAACCCCUAGACUGCCAGCCAUUUUCAAGCAAUUUCACUCAUUUUUCAAGCCCACAGAAUACUAUGACUAUGUAAACACCAAAACCACCAAAAGAAAGAUCAGACUCUCUUAUUUCAUCUGGGAAAAAAAGGUUUGUCUUUAGCUUAUACUGUUCUUUGGUAAUCAGCAGUGAAAUAUAGGCUACUUUCAGCCAAAUCUGUUUCUGAUGGGGAAACAAACCUGAGAAAACAGCAUUUUUGUGAAAGCAGACAGAUAUAAUAUGUAUAUAUUUUUUUUCCUUUUGGUGAAAAUCUCAAACAUCUGAAAAACAACUGAGAAAGUUUUUUUUUUUUUUUUUUUUGACAGAAAAAUAAUUUAUUUGCAAGUAUAACUAUGUACAGAAUAUACAUUACACAAAAAUGCAUGAACAAUGGGGCUCCCACACACUUUUUUUCCUCCCAAUUCUCCUCCUCUACCGUUUGAUCAAUAGUCCAGGUUUUUAUUACCUUGCGCAUAAAAUCUAGCAAAGUUUUAUCCACAUCUGGAUUUUAUUCUUUGGUGGUGGUGAAUGGGAUCUUGUGUGGUUGUCAUUGUCCUUGAAACCAGUCCCUACUUCUGCUCUGAGCACAACCUGUGCAGUUUAGAAAUAUAACUAUUACUAUAAAAAUACAUUGUUGAAAGGGGGGAGGGGGGAAAAAAGCUUUCAAUUACCUUUUUGUUUGUACUGCGUACUGGAAUGGGAGUCGAAUGUCUGCUGUAUGCAUAACCUAUAAGUUUUAAACAAUACUUACGAUUACCAGAGAAUACAUUUUAUUGAUGUUUUGCAAGGGUAAAAAAAAAUUAUUCGUCGCAAUCCUAAAAGACCUUCGACUCAUGGGUGUUGAAUUAUUGCAAGACGGAUGAGCUGGAAAUGGAAAAUUAAAAUCAGUACUGGCAACAGAUGUUACAAUGUAAUGUGAACAAGUGGGACUAAAUUAUGUUUUGAUGUAACAAGGAUUAAAGGAGCGUGUUUGUUCGCUAAAUGUAGCUAAAGCGAGCUGCAAACGAGUCGUCUCCAUUAUCAUCCGGAGGAAGCUCCGAAUGAAGCUCUGCUGCUUCCAGGCGAUCCAGAGGGAGUUCACUCAUCACGAUUCCGGAUCCCAUUUACUCAAAUCCUGGUUGGCAGACGAUCAGCUGGCAAGCGGCCGAGAGCAUCUCGCCUUAUGGCCAAGCAUUUUGGGCGAUAGCUUUUUAACAAAGGGAUCGGCUCGCAGCAUCAUUCUUUAUUCCCUUGCAUGAUGAUCGAAGGUGUCAUUCCUGUCAGUCGCAGGAAUAUUUGUUUUGCCUUGGGGCAAUAAAAAUUCUAGUAACAAAAGCUUUAUUCAUUUAUUGAUUUUUUUAUUAAGAUUUUUUUCAUUUUGUCUUCUCUCUUUUCCGCCAUUAUGAUUGCUUCUUCUCAUUGUCUCCUCCUCCCCGCCUCCUCCUCCUUCUUCCUCUGAGGGAGGGACGUUCACCUCAAGGCAUUGUUGCCCUCUUUCGGGUGCCAUUCCUCAUUGCAGUUAUCCAGAGGCUUCACGAUCACACACAAACUGCACAAGACCCACCUCGACCGAUCCCCGUUAAAUUGAUGUCUUUAGCUCGAUUCUGAAUGACGUCUUUGGCAGGGAAUGAGUUAAACUUCAUGGUUGCCAAUAAUAGUGAGCACGACUGUAUUUAUGCAAUGAUGAUCAACGGACAGACGAAUUGGAUUACUCAUUAGCUUCAUUCUUAUGCUGUCCCCCCCCCCCCCCCCAAUGAACAGGACCAGAUCAGUUUGUCUGCUGUCUACUUCAUAAUAGUACCACUGAAAACUAAGACAGAGCUGUCAAAUGUUUGGGAACGUCCGUAUUUUGUUACGGAAAUCACUGAAUGUUGACUCGUUACAGCCGUAACAGUGAUUGUUCCAGAUAUUGGAAAAAAACAAUCCAGCGUGUGACAUUACCGGCGCUUCCAUAUUGAACAGCUGCUUCGUGCAUGCUAUUUUAUUAUGCCCCCCCGGCUGCCAAGCCACAGAGGCGACAGUUAUUUUUGUGUCUGGUAUCAACGCAUUGUAAGUCACUGAUCAUCGCCUCCAUGGUAGCGAAUAAGCUGCACUUCUUACCAUUUUUCUUACGAGUGGCACAAAGGGAGGACAAGGCGUGGCUAGGCGAAGACGAUGUCAAAGCCAUGCUAAUUGCUAAACUAUCAUUACAUGCAGUCGCAAAACACUGAAAUAAGUGAUUUGGUGAUACAGAACACUUGUCACAGGUCUUGCUGGAAGUGCGUUUUCGCAGAGUAACCAACUUUGAACAACAAAAUAAUACGUGUUUAGAGAUACAAAUAUAAAAUAAUACAUGUCCACACAGGACGUUGCGUUUGAACUGGAAAUUCAUUAGUAUGUCACUGCACACACCACUUCAGAACGUGAGCAGUUUAAAAGUAUAUUAUAGUUAUGAAUAAAUAUUUGUAAUAUAAGAUCAAAUAACCUUAGGGGCUUUCCCACCGCAGGAACCUUUGCAGGAACUUCCCUAGCUACCCUGGUAGCUUGAGUUCCCCCCCGUGUCCGGUGGUGGUCGGAGGGGCCGUAGACGCAGAAUGGCAGCCAUGCUUCCGUCAGACUCACCCAGGAAAGCUGUGGCUACACUCGUCGCUUACCACCAACAGGGUGUGCUUGAGGAUUGAAUGAAUAAUGCGUGAAAUUGUAAAGUGUCUUUGGGUACCUAUAAAAGUGCUAUAAAGUGUAAUUUGUUAUUAUUAUUAUCCAUCCAUCCUUCUUCUGUACCACUUAUCCUCACUAUUAUUAUUAUUAUUAUUGCUAUUAUUAUUAUUAUUAUUAAUUUGGGGGGAAAUUUAGCCCUUGAAGGAAGUUACAUUACAUUUGGUAAACAUUUCCAUCAUGAAAAAGACACUGGGAGUCUGCCAUUUUGUUUUGGAGUAGCCAUUACUGUAAAGGGACAUUUUUAGCCAUUUGCAAGGUGUGAUUUUGUCCCCUCCCAAAUAUUAGCCACAUAUACUAGACUGAUGGGCAAAACUAAAUUACGAAGGAUUUGAGUAUUCAUCAUUGUGUGUGAGUGUUUUUGUUAUUUAUUGCCAUGCAUCCUCAAAUGUUGUGGCAAUGAUGAAUCUGCUCAGCAUACUUGGACACCGGCUGACCAGCUGGCUGAAAUAGUGCCUUGGAGCACCUAGUUUUGCUUAUAGAAAGGAGCUAGUAGCGAGUAGCUACCCUGCAGUGAAAAAUAAAUUGUGAAUAUUGGCUUGACCUGGGCCACAGUGAAGGAGCCCAACUGGAUUCAACAAAGACUUUUGACGACGUGAUGCCUGGUGUGAACUUGGGUCCACUUAAGCGUGUAAGGCAGUGCCAAUGCUUUGCCCUAAGUCUGCCUGCUCUCUUAAAGCUCUGCUUUUAAGGAUUAGCCUCAAAGCAUCUGUCUUCAAAUGCACACUAUUCCCAGCACAGCUUUGUCCAAGCACACACAGAGAUUUACUGCCGUCUCCUGCUGUUGAUUCUAGGAAACUGGAUAAGUCUUUCCAUCGAGAGAAUUAAAUCGGUGAACUCUAGCUUCAAGUUUUAAUGUGAAGCAAGGCAUAACCUUCUGAGUGAGAUAUCUGAGCAGCAAAGCUUCUAUGACAUUUAUUGACAACAGCACUCCCUGGACUCUUCUUUGGUCUACACUGGAUUUCAAAUGAUAUGACCUGAUCCUGAGAUGAUGUCCAGCUGAAAUGAAAUUUAGCGUUUGAUUUUAUUUUUAUUUUUUUAAGAAAGUAUGGGAAUAGGCAGUUCCUUUGCACCGAGAUCUGAUCAAAUCUUUACCAUAAGAGUAAGCUUGGCACCGAGGCAGAACCUCCCACGGAUAAUUCUCAAGGGAAUCUUCCAGGGCGUUAAGGUGGUUCGUGGACCUGACUGGGACUGGGGCAACCAAGAUGGCGGGGAGGGUAAGGUUGGGAAGGUAGUGGACAUUCGUGGCUGGGAAGCAGAGUCUGGUCGCAGCGUGGCUAGUGUGACCUGGACUAAUGGCACCACCAAUGUCUACCGAAUGGGGCAUAAGGGCAAGGUGGACCUUAAAUAUGUGUCUGAUGGCCAAGGAGGCUUCUACUACAAAGACCACUUGCCAAAACUUGGAGAGCAUGCAGAGCUGCAGCGCCAGGAGAGUGCUGAUGGCCACUCUUUUCAGCAGGGUGACAAGGUCAAAUGUCUCUUGGAGGUGGACAUUCUGCGACAGAUGCAGGAGGGCCAUGGGGGAUGGAAUCCCAAAAUGGCUGAGUACAUUUGCCGGAUCGGGACAGUUCAUAGAAUCACUGACCGGGGAGACGUCAGAGUCCAGUACAGCAACAACAUCCGCUGGACUUUUCAUCCAGGAGCCCUCACCAAGGUGAACACAUUUGGGGUCGGCGAACUUGUGCGAGUAUUGGAAGACAUAGAUGGUGUCAAGAGGCUGCAGGCCGGCCAUGGAGAAUGGACAGACAGCAUGGCUCCUGUGCUUGGCCAGGUUGGUAAGGUGCUGAAAGUGUAUGCAGAUGGUGACCUCCGUGUGGCAUUUGGAGGCCAGACAUGGACGUUCAACCCAGCGUGCCUCUCAGCCCAGCCUGUGGAGGUGGACGCCAACCUCAUGACGGCUGAGAACCCCAACGAAUCUGGAAGUACAGUCAUCUCUGUGCUGGAGAAACUGCUGUCCCAGUCCACAGAGCAGGAUAAUCCCAGCCGGCUAGUCAUUGAGGCAGCACACGGCAGUGCCAAUAAAGUCAAAGAGUUGUUGCAAAAGUAUCCUGACAAGGUGGACAUCAAGAACCAGGGCAAGACUGCACUGCAGGUCGCUGCGCACCAAGGCCACAUGGAGGUAGUGAAGGCCCUGCUCCAGGCCAACGGCGCCAUUGAAGUCAAGGAUGAAGAUGGAGACACGGCAUUACACUACACUGCCUUUGGUAACCAGGCAGAGAUUGCACGGCUGCUCUUGAGCAAGGGAGCAAACGUUAACCUCCUGAACAACUCACUGUGCACGGCACUGCAUAUUGCUGUCAACAAGGGCUUCACGGAUGUUGUGCAGGUGCUCACCGAACAUUCAUCUGAUGUCAAUCUCCAGGAUUCCUAUGGGGACACACCUCUGCACGAUGCCAUAGCUAAAGAUUUCCGUAAUAUCAUCGAGAUCCUGGUUGUGGUGCGCAACAUCGAUUUCACUCAGCAGAACCACAGAGGAUUCAACCUCUUGCAUCAUGCUGCCCUCAAAGGAAGCAAACUGGCCACAGAGAAGAUUCUAGGGCAAGCACGACAGCUGGUGGAUGUUAAGAAGGAGGACGGAUUUUCCGCCCUGCAUCUGGCCUCUCUCAAUAAUCACCAUGAUGUUGCUGAGAUUCUCAUUAAGGAGGGACGCUGCGACAUAAACAUCCGCAACAACCGCAACCAGACGCCACUGCAGCUGGCGGUGACACAGGGCCACACCGAUCUGGUCCAACUUCUUGUGGUCGAAGGUGCAGACCUGAACAUGGAGGAUGAGGAUGGCGACACCGCCAUGCAUGUGGCCCUGCUGCGACCACAGCUGGCUAAUGUGAUGCUGGGUCCCGCUGUGGGAAGCAGUAGCAGUAGUAGCAGCAGCAGCAGCAGCACAGAGGAAAGCGGCGAGGGCUGUGCCUCCACGUCUCUCUAUUGCAGGCUCAACGCUUCGGGCCUUCUCGGGAAUACUGAGCUCAGUGUUGGAUCGGCGAUCGCUUGCUUUCUUGCGCAGGAGGGGGCUAAUAUCGUCUAUGCCAACCACAAGGGGAAGAGCCCCCUGGACCUGGUUGCAGACAGCAACAUGCAGCUGCUCAUCAAAAACUUCUCAGAGAGGCAGAGAUUACAACGCCUGCAAGCUAUAAUAUCUGGCCAGGGCCCAAGCGCUGCUAACCUGCGUCGUGUUCACACUACACCCAACACCAUGACCAAUGUGGUUCUUCCUGCCCCACCCGGGCCCAGUGAAUGCCUCAUCUGCUCUGAGCUGGCUCUGCUGGUUCUCUUCUGUCCCUGCCAGCACAGGGUGGCCUGUGAAGAGUGUGCCCAUCGAAUGAAGAAAUGCAUUAAAUGCAAAGUCACAAUCACCAACAAAAUUCGACAAGACCAGACCGAGGUGGACUGCAGCCCUCGUACGGAGAACGCCGAGCAGCACAACCUGCUGAAGCAGCUCCAGUCUCGCUACCGGCAGAUGGAGGAGCGGAUCACCUGCCCCAUCUGCAUCGACAACCACAUCAAACUGGUCUUUCAGUGUGGACACGCCUCCUGCAUUGACUGCAGUGCCGCGCUCAAGGCCUGCCCCAUCUGCCGGCAGAUCAUUCGCGAACGCAUCCCCUUGUUUGUUUGAGCAAGGAGAGUGAGAGCAGUGGCUAGCUGAGGGUGUCUCAUUCAUCACCCCCCCCCCUCCCCCCCCCGCAAAAAAACAACAACAACAUCUGUCUGAACGUUGCUGCUUUUACGUGGAUGUCUGUUACCCGUCAUCCUCUCUGGCUGGCUCAGCCUCGAGUCUGUUUACAUGGCUACACAGAAAGAGUCCGUCCCGUCCCCCCCCCCCCCCCCCAUCCCCUACAGCCCGUCCUGUGAUUUACGUUUGCCCUCAUUUGGAUCUGGGAAUAGUAAUCAGUAUUAGUCUCCGCAGUGGCCGCUCUAUAUAGUCCCCAACCACUUGCCUGUAUGCAAGGGGGGAAAUACACACUAUACAGUAUAUGCAUGAGUAUAUGCAUAUUGUAACACUAAUGGGUGGUUUGUCAUUGUUGUGGUUUUUAUUUCUUUGUAAAGUACAGAUUUUUAUUUAUGUGUGAAAGGUGGUAUUACUUCGUAAUGUCCUCUGGUGUUCGUUUGGAGGGGUGGAAAAAAGUGUUUUUGAUUCUACUGAAAUAAAUCCCAAGCCAAUGUCCUCUUACUCAGGGUAUCAAAACUUUCAAAAAGCACUUGUGAUAUCCAUAAAAGGUUCAACGUCGUCGCUUCACAUUGUGUUUUUGUCGGGAGCUGCCUCAGAAUGGCAGAGGUCGUUAACCUGAAAUAAAUGUCGUCGUCAAUAGUGAGAUGAAUGUUUCUGCAACAAAAUAGAUGGACAUGUUCCUCUUCUAAAGGAAGAAAAGAAAUGAAGCUCCCGACAAGCAACCGUCCACACUGUUUGCGUAUUUACCGCCCAUCAGGGAGCUUCCACUGUGUUUACUGUGUGUACCGCUGGCAAGCAGGAGGGUAUUUGUGUUGUAAUAUAGAAGGGCCAAAAGAUGACUGAGGUUGUAACAUCGUCUACCUUCCUGCUGGAGUCAUUUCACAAGAAAAGCGCAUUUUCUCCUUUGGCGCUCUGGAUUGUACUCUCCAGCUUCUUUCUGCUGUCUUGGUGUUUCUUGAAGGGCUUCUGUGUAUGAGAAAAAAAAAAAAGUACAUUUUUAAGCUUUAUUUAAUUUUCUUUUUCUGUAAUUAACUUCCACAGAUGAGGAAGGUUGGAUUUUGUUUGUUUGUUUGGCUUUUUAAAUCUCCCAUUUUGGGAGAGCCAAUAUUGAAAUUUGUAUAUUUUGAAUGUCAAGGUAGGGAAGACUCUGUCACUCUACCUUUUUUAUGUGUAAGGAAGAAAAGUUGAGAGAGAGAGAGAGAGAGAGAGAGAAAACGCCGCAGGGUGUGAGGUGAGUCAAGCAUAAGUUUUACUUUGAACAACAUCAGUGCCAAAUCGCAUGGGCAUUGCAAACAAAUUGAGGUUUUAAAGCUGUGGCGACAGACUAAAAAUUCAAACUUUUCCCCUAAUGUUACGUUGAAGUCAAAUAUCAGGUGUAUUAUGAGCACGCUGAGUUACAGGAGUGCACAAUAACCUCACAGUGUGGAGUGAUUCCAAACUCUCUUCCAGUCAGUCCUGUAUUGUUUGGAGUGUUUUCCAAGAACGUAUAUUCAAGAGUUAUCACUUGAGAGGAAGUUUUUUGGGGUUUUUUUGUAAAUGUAAAUCCUGAGUUAUCGUUGAAGGCUUUGCAGGCAAAUGCAAUAAUGUUAAACAAAAGAAAUGGUGACGAUAAUGGUGUUUUUUAAAUUGUUUUCAAUUUUUUUUAAUUAUUAUUUAUUAUCUCCCCUUGAUGGAGGUAGCUGUGAUAAUAAGCGCUAAUCAAUUGAUGUUUGAAAGAAUAAUACUAAAACAAGUCAAUUUUACUUUUGGUUAUAGUAAAGUUCAGCUCUCGGAAUUCUGAUGUUGGCCUUACUUUCUCUUCCUCCUCAGUUUCUGUACAAAAAUAUUUUGCAAUAAAUAUGGAACACUUUUCUAAGGACA